CUCCACAAAUUUCUUGUUACACCUCAGCAUCCAAAUAGCUGGUUUCUUUAACUCUUUCAUGCCUCUUAUGAAGUGAAAUCAAGGGUCCAGGAAAAUGGCACCAUUAACUGAAAAGCCUGAAUCAAGACAUAAACAGAAUCAAGAAGUGAAAAAGGCAAGACCCUCUACGACAAUGAGCUCUCAACACGAAGAAACUGACGUUGCAAAAACUGUUGUUAAUGGGCUGAGCAGCAACGGACGAGAAAAAGCUGUUGAUGUCCCUUUAUGUACACGCUCUAUUUCUGCCGUUAAAAUAAUCCCUGUGAAGAAAGUGAAAAGUUCUCCUCACCUAGUGCUGCCUACAGAAACAGAUUCCACUAGAGUCUGCAGUGGAAAAGGAGCUGUGACCCUCCGGGCAUCUCCAGCCUGUCAGGAGAAUCAGAAUAUCACUUUGCCAUGUCCUCAGAAUGUUGAGCAACCUGAAAGUCUGGAGCCAGAAAACCCAGAAACAGAUGAUUGGAGGUCAUCAUCUAACACUGAUGCCAAUGGGGAUGCCCAACCAUCUUCCCUGGCUGCCAAGGGUUAUAGGAGUGUGCGUCCGAACCUUUCCUCAGACAGCAAACCACAGGCCCUUGCUCCGCCCCGUCCUCCUCUUCCCAAAGAGGAAAGCUUUGCAUGGCGUCCUCGCACUGACACUAAAGUGACCAACCUGUUGCCAGUGCCCAUCAUGGACUGUGUGUACCUGAAUGCACCCAAGCCUUAUACGCAGCAGUGUGCAUCACAAAAUGCCAGUGCACGGUGUUAUUUCUCCUCACCUACCCCCUAUGGGACUGUCCCCAGUGGGAAGCAAGGCUUGCCAUCAGGGUAUUCUCGCUCUCCAGGCCCCAAAGAUGAGGUGCAUGCUGGGCAGCCACUCUUGGAAAGUUGCUCCUCGUCAAAUGCAUCAUCUGUACAACACAACACCAACAGGGCAGAUCCCAGUAGUAAGGCUGGAAUGAAUUCCAGUCAUGAGACGAAGGCGGAUAAAAAGGUCAGCAAACUAUAUGUAGCUUGUUUAUCUAACAGCACUUGCUCAGCCACAUCUGAGAAUUCCACUGGCACCACACAUGACCCAGCAGCCAGCACCAGUUUGGGCGCUGAGCUCACUCCGGCACCAGCCACCGACAUUGUUUCCUCUGUAACAGACACUGGAAAGUCUCUUCCUGCUGUUCCUCCUCCUCCUGUUCCUCCCAGGCCGUACUUUUACAUUGUCCUCAGUAAAGACGCAGUUAGUUAUGGUGCGGGCCAACCCUCCUGGACUCAGUCAUCACCUCCGCAAGCUGUGAGGGACAGAGUGCUAGAGCCCCAGAGCACAGCUACCACAGAGGACAGGAUGAGAAAAGAGCCUUAUCUUACCCAGCAGCAACAGGCACCAUACAAGGCAAUGGGACGCAGCAUGGAUGCCACUGCCACCACCACAACUCAGCCUGGGGUUAUAGUAGUCCCCCUCCUCCAGGUUAAUCCAGAAAGACAGCAAGAAGGCAGCUCCAGCACUCCACCACCGCCUCUGGUUCCUUUCGGGCAAGGCUCCACAUUCCCUGAGAUUGUUCCUCCUGGCUCACCCUUGACUUUUCCGACUCUAGAUGAUUUCAUUCCCCCACAUCUCCAGAGGGGUUCCCACCAUAACCAAGCACCCUCCUCAUCUGACACAUUACCCUCUGUUUACCCGAAACUGGCAUUCUUCUCAUCACCACCUUCACUUGUCCCUCCAGUCACAGGGACUUUGCACAGGGGCUUGAAGCCUGAAAUCACUGGAGUCAUCUCACGUACAGACCCAAGUCCUGUGCUAAAUGAAGUGCCCCAGCCUGGCAUUGGCACUGACUAUCCAACCUCCUUCACUUCAAUCAAGUCUUCCUCUGCCUAUCCCUCAACCACAAUCGUCAAUCCUACUAUUGUCCUCUUGCAGCACAAUCGAGAACAGCAAAAAAGGCUUAGUAGCCUGGCAGAUUCAGUGCCAGACAGACUAGUUUCUGAUAAAGUUGAUUCAGCUCCCACACGGGACAAGCCGCUUAAGGAGACAGUGCCAAGUGAGAAGAGAGCAAUGGAGGAAAAGAGAAGCACUGUCAAGAGUCCUCAGCACAUGACUGAUACCUCUGUUGAUGAUAUUGGCAUUCCACUGAGGAAUACAGACAGAUCGAAGGACUGGUACAAGACAAUGUUCAAACAGAUCCACAAGCUAAAUAGAGACACUCCUGAAGAAAACCCUUAUUGCCCUACCUACAUAUUUCCUGAACUUCCAGAAAUCCAGCAAAAAACUGAAGAAGACAAUCCUUAUUCUCCUACAUACCAGUUUCCUGAGUCUACUCCUAGUCCUAUCUCUGAAGAUGAAGAUUCUGAUUCAUAUUCUCCUCGUUAUUCCUAUUCUGAGGACAGCAGAACCCAGCUUUCAGUUCCCCGCUCCAAGAGUGCGAUGGACAAUAUUGAUUCAGAGAAGGCUGUUAAGAGGACUGACUGGGAGCCUCCGGACAAGAAGGUGGACACCAGAAAAUACCGUGCAGAGCCCAGGAGCAUUUAUGACUAUCAGCCAGGAAAGUCUUCAGUUCUGAACAAUGAAAAGAUGACUCGGGAUAUAAGCCCAGAAGAGAUAGAUUUAAAGAAUGAACCUUGGUAUAAAUUCUUUUCGGAAUUGGAGUUUGGGAAACCGCCAUUUGUUCACCUGCCUCCAAAAAAGAUUUGGGAUUAUACUCCUGGAGAUUGCUCUAUCCUUACUAGAGAGGAUAGAAAGACUGAUCUAGAAAAAGACCUCUACCUCUACCAGACUGAGUUAGAGGCAGAUUUAGAAAAAAUGGAGAAGCUUUAUAAAGCGCCACAUAAAAAGCCACAGAAGAAUACAGCAGGUGUCACUCCUCUGGAAACUUCCACAGACCAUUCUUCCUACUCUGCAUAUUCACCCAACUACCAAGCAGUGAAGAGGGAAUCGGAACCAGACCCUGCUGGCUUGGAGAAUGAAAGGCAGAUAUACAAGAGUGUGCUGGAAGGUGGAGAUAUCCCAUUCCAGGGGCUGAGUGGCCUCAAGCGACCUUCUAGCUCUGCUUCCACAAAAGUGGAUCAUAAAGGUGGGAAUGCUCAUAUGACUGCACCCUCUUCAGUUAAUAGCCGAACCUUUAACGCUAGUCAUACCGGUAUGUUAGGUCACGCAUGUAAACAUAAGAAGCCCUUAUCAGCUGCAAAAGCCUGCAUUACUGAAAUCCUCCCUUCUAAAUUCAAACCCAGACUAGCAGCUCCAGCUGUUCUUGUGCAGGACAAGAAGGGUAUCUUGCUGCCUCAUGAGAAAGCUCAAAGCUGCGAAAACCUUCGUAGCUCCAUUACCUUGUUUGAUAAUAAAAAAGCUUUCAUGGUAGACAUAGGGGAAAGCAUAGAAAACAUGUUGAUGAAGUCGAAGGAGGAGUAUGCCGUCAGAUCUGGCAGUACCAUGAGCCUGCAGGAGUAUGGUACCAAUUCUAGGAAAGGCUACCUGUUCCCUGCCUCCAAGAAGAGUGGGAUGGAAUUUACAAUGCUGUAUAAAGACAUGCACCAGAUCAACCGGUCCAGGAUCCAUUUGAGCACAGCCUCCUCCUGCAGUGUGAGGGAUAUUGCAUCUCAGUUUGAGAAUGAAGCAAAGGACAGGAUGGAGCACAGCCUUAGUCGAGAGGAUUCAGAGCAGAUUCCGAAACACACCGUUUCCUCCCGUAUCAGUGCCUUUGAGCAGCUGAUCCAGAGAUCCCGAUCAAUGCCCUCACUUGACUUUUCCACUGGACAAAACAAACUCACCACUUCUCUCCAGUCUAAAACUUGCCUCAGUUCAGCCUACUCUGCAGAGUUUCUGCUGGAUUUGCCAAAAGCACACCAAGAAGAGAAGGAUGCUACCAGCUUGGCAGAUAAAUCCUCUCGCUCCUGCAGCAACAUGGAGGACACUGCUUCUGAUGUCAGUGAUGCCAUCCCUAUGGACACACUUUCAGCUUGCACGGAUGAGAUAGAACUCCUCUCAAAUGCAUCCAACGACAGUGGUGGCAGCAGCAACCUCAGUGGGCCUCAGAAGCAUAAAAUCAACAGAUGCAAAGGCACAUGCCCAGCUUCCUACACCAGGUUCACUACCAUCCGAAGGCAUGAGCAGCAGCAGGCCUCCAGGAGCCCUGAUUCCAAAGGGGAUGUCUAUGGAGACAAACACCUGCUCCCCAGAAAUGUCUACCUAAUGAGCCCGCUGCCCUUCCGAUUGAAAAAGCCCUUCCAACACAAAUCCCGCAGGACUCCACCCCUAGACUGCCCGGGAAGCCUGGCAGUACCCAGCCCUGAGAACCCAGGUGACCCUAUACAGCUGCAGGGAGGCAUAGGAGACAAGAGUCACCACUUCCAGCACCAACUGUGCUCCACCAGAAGCAGGCCUCUAGCCCCCAUGCGCCUGUCUUCCUAUGACAUUGUGGAGAGGCUUAGCUACUUCCCCACCAAUGGAUCUAGCCAAGAUAGCUUCAUGGGCCGGGCUGACACUCCUGACUCCUUAAAUAUGAACCCUGUUCCAUAUGCCCUCUGUCACAGCCUGGACACAAACAACAACCCGCAAAGUGAACUUGGGACAUACCUAGGAGAUUCAGAAUCACCAAGGUAUUUUGCACCAGUUGAUUACAUGGAAACUCCAGAAGAAAUUAUCCGCAGACGGCAUGACGAUAAAGAGAAACUUUUAGAGGACCAGAGACGGCUUAAACGUGAGCAAGAAGAAGCAGAUAUUGCAGCUAGAAGGCACACAGGGGUUAUUCCAACGCACCAUCAGUUUAUCACUAAUGAGCGAUUUGGGGACCUCCUAAAUGUAGACGAUACAGCAAAGAGGAAAUCUGGGUCAGAGAUGAGACCUGCUAGAGCCAAGUUUGACUUUAAAGCACAGACGCUAAAGGAGCUUCCUCUGCAAAAAGGAGAUAUUGUUUACAUUUACAAGCAGAUUGACCAGAACUGGUAUGAAGGCGAACACCAUGGCAGAGUUGGCAUCUUCCCACGAUCAUACAUAGAGCUCCUCCCACCAGCUGAGAAAGCUCAGCCCAAAAAGCCAUCACCAUUGCAAGUAUUGGAAUAUGGAGAUGCUAUUGCCAAGUUCAACUUCAAUGGAGAUACCCAAGUGGAAAUGUCCUUCAGAAAGGGUGAAAGGAUCACAUUGAUUCGACGAGUGGAUGAGAAUUGGUACGAAGGCAGAAUCUCUGGCACCAAUCGUCAAGGCAUCUUCCCUGUCACUUAUGUGGAAGUGCUGAAGCGGCCAGUGGUCAAGAAUGCCAUUGACUAUCCUGACCCACCAACGUCCAUCUCCCCUAACCGCAGCAUGACAGCCUCACCACAGUCUCCCAGCUCUGAGCAGCUCCAUACGCCAACUCCUCCACCUUUGCCUUUCGCACGCUGUGCCUUAUCUCCAGAGGUGCAGGCAGUCACAUCUGAGUGGAUUGCUCUGACCGUGGGAGUAUCUCCUAGCCCCACUCCUGCCAUAACUCCUCCAUUGCCUCCUCCACCUGAAGCCUCUCUCUCUCACUCUGGCUAUCUCUCACCUUCUGCUGCAGCCAGCCCUUCCCCCACGGUCAGCCUCCACCAUUCUCUUCUCUCUGGCUCCUCAACUCCCAGGUCCACUAAAUCCCCAUUGCCCUCUUACUCAUCCAGACCUCAGUCCUCCACCCACAGUUUCUAUGAGGCCACCCCACAAAGCGAAGAAAAGUUUGUUCGUUCCCCUUCUCCCAGCAUGAGCUACUCUAACUCCCCUCGCUGGGCAGCGGAGAGCCCCGAAGGCAUCUUCACAGAGCAGCGUGACAUCGCUGGCAGCCAAACCUGGCUCCAAAAGACUGGAGAGGGCAGCAGCAACCCUGAGCAGGGUGCUCCCACUGCUCCCAAGAUCUCUGUUGAGCGCUGCCUGAAACCAUCCCAACUAGACAUGCGUGUGAGCCCAGAAAAGAGACUUGUGGGUUCGUCUGAGGACAACCAGUUGUGUCAGGAACUAAUGGCUAUUGUGCAGGGAGGUAAAACAGAGAAAAGAGGCAUGAGGAAAGGUGAUCUGGGAAAGUUUCAAAGCGGGGAAAAUAAGACUGCAGACUCAAAAGCAUUCUCUUCAUCUGCUCCUCUCCCUUCCUCUGCCCUCUCUUCCUCUACUGUCACAACACAGCCACCUCCCAGACUUACAUGCAGAGUCAAUAAGCCACAGCCUUCCCACCAUUCAUUGAGAGCUGGACCAGAUCUCACAGAGUCUGAAAAGAGCUAUGUGGAAGCUGUUUGCAAUGAGAUCAUAAACAUUGCAGAAAAGUCUGUUCAUUACUGCAGUACUAUUGCUCAGCCUCUUGACUCUCGCCACAAGGUGACCUCUAAUGAUCAUAAACCAUCUCUCAUCAUUUCUCAGCAACCUCAAGCACAGCAGCAAGGAACCAGCCCUGACAGAAGUCAAACACCACGAGACAUAGUUAGCUACCAAGCCCUCUACAGCUACACUCCUCAGAAUGAUGAUGAGCUGGAACUGAGGGAUGGUGACAUCGUUGAUGUCAUGGAGAAAUGUGACGAUGGCUGGUUUGUGGGUACAUCCAGGAGAACAAGGCAAUUUGGCACCUUCCCAGGCAACUAUGUGAAGCUUCUGUACCUGUAAAAUAAGAGUAAUCCCACCAUGACAAUGAUGGGGUUGUUUUCCAGAUGGCAUUUUUAAACAGUGAAGAAACAGACAAUUUAUGAAUGUAAUAGAGAAGAGACAAGACGUGUUAGGAGGACGUGGUUACGUGGUACAGUACUGAGUUGAAUGUGUAACCCUGCUUCAGUGGAUUCAGGGUGUGAUUUGUUUGCUGAAAAAGAGACAGUUUCUAGUUUACAGUGCUGCCUUUGUGUAUUCCUCUUCCCUCCCAGCAAGAGUUUUGAUGAUAAUCUUAAUUUGUAUGGCGUACUUACCUCUGAGAAGGCUUCAGGGAAGCACAUGGUAUAUAUAGGUUUUGUUUGUGUGUUGAGAUAGGAUAAUGCUUUGGGGCAGUGUGCACCCUUGCAGCUGCUCCCUUUCACUGGGAAGGUUCAGGGAGGCCAGGCUCUCUGCCCAGUUUCUGCCUCCCUGAAGACUCACUUUGCACAGCCUUCGACUUCCAUAGAAAAACCUUCCUUCAUGACAUGCAUCUUAAGACCCAGCAGAGGCAGAGGACAACUGAUGUGGUUAAACUGCAGAGCUCUAUGUGGAAAAGGAGUUUGGCACUCAUGGUUUAAUCUGUUUAACCUGUGCAGGUUAAAUGCACGUAAUGCAAACGUGAAAAUCACAAACUCUUUAAUAUAACCUUAUCUCUGCAGGGUUUUUUUCUUUUGUGCAGGUGGUGUGUGUGUGAGUGUGCAUCAAAACGAACCGAGUCCUGGUUUUUAAAGAGAAAUCAGCCUGUCUUUGACAUUUAUCUGCACAAAGAAUAGAACCAAUAAACAGAACAUCCAUGAGAGCAAA